UUCUGUGGGAGGGUGCAUCUGGCCUGCUCCAAGGCUGGUGAGCUGCAUCCUCAAAGGUCCCGGGCUGGCGGCGCGCCGAGGACCCUGCGGCUCCGGAUUUAGCUCCCUGCGCCCCGCGCUCGGAGCUGCUGCUGGAUCGUGAUCACGAGCCGCGUGUGAAAUGGGCUGGUCACGCGCCGUGGGUAAAGUGGAAGCUAAGCAUGUGCUAGCCAGUGCACCAACAGACAGGAACCUCUGCCACUUCCAGGCUCUGGGUUGCCAGACCACCCAUUCCAAUCAGGAGGUGCUACAGAGAUGCUCACUUGUCAUCUUUGCCACCAAGCCUCAAGUCCUGCCAGCUGUCCUGGCCGAGGUGGCCCCUGUGGUAACUGCUGAGCACAUCUUAGUGUCCGUAGCUGCUGGGGUCUCUCUAAGCACCCUGGAAGAGCUGCUGCCCCCAAGUACACGAGUGCUACGGGUCUCACCCAAUCUGCCCUGCAUAGUUCAGGAAGGGGCCAUGGUGAUGGCCCGGGGCCGCCAUGCUGGGAGCAACGAGGUCACACUGCUGCAGAACCUGCUGGAGGCUUGUGGGCAGUGUGAGGAGGUCCCUGAAGCCUACAUUGACAUCCACACUGGCCUCAGUGGUAGUGGCGUGGCCUUUGUGUGCGUAUUCUCGGAGGCCCUAGCUGAAGGUGCCAUCAAGAUGGGCAUGCCCAGUGGCCUGGCCCACCGAAUUGCUGCCCAGACCCUGCUGGGGACAGCCAAGAUGCUUCAGCAGGAAGAGCAGCACCCAGCUCAGCUGCGGACAAAUGUGCUCACGCCAGCUGGGACCACCAUCUACGGGCUCCAUGCCCUGGAGCAGGGCGGCCUGCGUGCGGCCACCAUGAGCGCCGUGGAGGCUGCCACCUGCCGGGCCAAGGAGCUCAGCAGAAAGUAGGGCUAGGUUAUAGAUGCUUAUCCAGUCACAGCCCGAGUGCCAAGAUUAGCCCUUUGUGGGGCACCAGCCUCAUUGUCUGGCCAGGCCACCCCCUCCUCUUACCUCUCCCUGUAAGGACCAUAGUUCUCUCUCCAUCCCACACAAGUGUUUCUCCUUCCCCUGCGCAGGGAAAUUCCAUCUCCCAUCUCUUCAGACCUCCCCUGCAACACGGUGGUGGCCCUACCCCUAAUGAGCCCACCAUAAUGGCAACAUUGGGUCUCAGAGCCUGAAAGCUGGCAUCUUGUUCAGGUGCAUGCAUUUGGGACAGUUGGAGGUAAUGAGCAGAGCUGCUGGUCCUAAGAGUGCUGGGCCUGGUCUGGAGUCCUGGGCCUUCUUUGGAUUUCCUAGCAGUUCCCUGGGCCUAGAGCCAAGCCACCUCUCAUCUCAGCUGGGGACACAUGGAGUCUGAGAUGCCCUCCCCUCCAUAAAGCCAGAGGCCUCAGCCUGCUGCAGGGCCACUGGGGUCGGGUGUCUCCCACCUUGAGGAGGAUUUGCACCCAGGGAUCCUACCAAGAGCCACGCUGGCUGGGUCUCCUGUAGCACUCAGCAGUACCAGGCGGCAGUGGGCAGGUGAAAGGACUGCUAAGAUUGGACUUUCGGCGGCUGAGAAGACAGCAGGUUCCUGCCUCCAAUUGGGUGGAGGCAGUCCCUAGGCUCCUGGCCUGUGGGUGUGUGGAGCUGGGCCCUAACACCCUCCCCUGGGUCAGGAGUCCCUGAGAGUCUGUGGCCCUGGAGCCACCAGUGUUCGAGACUUGGCUCUUCAGUGUGUACUUUAAUGAACCAGCAGGCCAGGAAAACCAGGGUCAGGAGAAGAGCAAGGUCCAGGACCAGGGCUUGGUGGGAAAGACCUGUGCUGGCUGCCUACUGCCUAUGUUCCUUUAUCCUUUGCACCCCCCCACUCCCACCCCACCUCGGCUCUCCAGACUCCAGGUGUUGACCCUCCCUCGCUUCCACCCAGCAGCCUCCUGAGACUGGACGGGAGCACCCUCAGCGUGGCCUGGGGCAGCUCCCACAGUGGCAUGUGCUAGCUGGGUGACAGACAAGCCAUCCCCUCGUCUGUAAAACGGGACUAAUAGCACUUAUGUGCCGGAACCAGGACGUUCUGUCCCUCAUGCUUGACUCCCUCUGCCGUACUGCAGUCUGCUACCCUGCCACACUCUUCCUGCCCUCAGCUUCCCACAUCUACCCUAUUCCCAGCUGAUGGGUGGCUGCUCUUAGCCAGUGACUGCUUGGUCAGACCCUGGCCCUGCCACAUGACACAGGGGCCAGCCUGGGUCCAGUUCACACCUGAUCCUCAUCUAUGAAAUGGAAAUAAAGAUGCUACCUCAGCACUGAGUGAGCUGACGUUUUAUCGGGCUGAGAAGACACGUGAUAUGGAUGACAGAGCUGCAGGUAACCAUCCCCUGGGUUGUGCCUGGUGCAGCCCAUCCCCUGUAGGCACUCCUUGGGCAGCCUACCCAAGGGUCACCUGCCACAAGAAUCACUGUUGAAAGUGAGCCAGCACCUGUCUUCCUCUUGGCCUGGAGUGGGCUCAGCUUUGGAGGUGGAAAAUACCCCCUCAUUGCCUGACUCUGGCCUUAAGCAGGAGCCCCAGGGCCACUGAUGGUGGCCUGGGACAAGGACACAGGCUGGUUAUUCAAGAACGGUGACUUUGGGGCUGUGAACCUGUCAGCCAGGACUCUUUUGUCAUUGUGUGCUGCCAGACUAAAGUCACUGCUUUUCAAGACAGAACUUGUUGCUGGGUGCCGUGGCUCACACCUGCAGUCCUAACUACUUGGGAGGCAGAGAUCAGGAAGAUUGAGGCUCAAAGCCAG